AUGUCGUCUGGGAAGCGAAAAUUCUCGACCGAAGAACGGUCGGCCAAACCAGCGAGCAAACGGUCCAAGCCAGACCCAGAGGCACAGCCUGUGAAGUCCUCCAAGGCACCCAAGUUGGACAAAACGAACCCGUCACCUGCGCGGAAAGCUUCUACACCCCAAGCAGCCUCGGUCCUUACGAACGAGCAGCCAGCAUUCCCUCGCGGUGGUGCCAGCCUCCUCACUCCGAUUGAGCGCAAGCAAAUUCAAGCAAAAGCCUCCCGAGAUGCAGCGAAGGAGUUCAAGAAAGCUCAAGACCUUUUUGGCAAUUCUGGAUCAAAAGAAGAAGAUACGAGUGACGACGAUGGGAAUUCAGCGCCCGAGCUGGAGCCUAGUAAAGCUGUGCCGAAGAAGUCUCGCAAAGAGAAAUUUCGCAAGAACAAGGCAGAAAUUGAUGGACCCGAAAUUCGCAUCAGUGGCUUAAGCUACAAAAGGAUUACUACUGGCUCACUGGUCUUGGGCCAGAUAAGCGGGAUCAGUACUAGAUCCUUGACCGUGGGAUUACCCAACAGCCUGGUUGGGUUUGUCCCGCUCACAGCUCUAUCCGCUCAAUUGAACGAGAAAAUCCAGUCCCUCCUGGACAGUGGUGUAGAGAACGGUGCGACUAGCGAUGGAGAAGAAGAGGCAGACGACAAAGAUAUUGACCUCACAGAAUAUUUCCGUGUCGGCCAAUUCCUUCGCGCUGCCGUUACAUCUACCGAGCAAGAAAGAACGGGGCCGAAAACGCAGUCGCGAAAACGCAUCGAACUAUCUAUCGAACCUGCGCUCACAAAUAUUGGUCUCAGCCAGACUAAUCUAACCGCAGGCACCACAGUACAGGCUUCAGUCAGCAGUAUUGAAGAUCACGGCCUCGCAGUGGAUUUGUCUUUGGAUGAAGGUAGCGCUCGUGGGUUCAUCCUCAAGAAGCACCUUCCUGAAGGCCUCCACUUGGCAGAUGUCAAAACUGGAGCAGUCUUCCUAUGCAGUGUACUCGAAUCCAGCCCGAAUGCCAAGGUGAUCAAGCUUUCAGCCAACCUUUCCAAUGCAGCUACACUGAAGACUGCUCCCUCAGUUGAUGCUUUUCUUCCUGGUACAAAAGCAGAGAUUUUGAUAAGCGACAAAACGGAUGCAGGACUUGCUGGUAAGGUCAUGGGCCUGCUUGAUGUGACAGCGGACGUCGUCCACUCGGGGUCUUUCAAGGAUAGAGAGGCAUUCUCCGCGAAAUACGAGAUUGGAAAGAAGGUUACCGGACGCUUGAUAUGCACAUUUCCCCUUUCUGAUAACAAAAAGCUGGGAUUUUCCUUGCUUGAUCAUCUGUUAGAUAUCGAUUCGCUUGGCACGUCGACUAGUGGGCACAAUAAGCUGUCAAUAUCAACUAUCAUCGACUCAGCAUCGGUGGUACGGGUGGAACAGGGUUUGGGUAUAUAUCUCAAGCUCGCGGGUGAUAGUAUUGGGUUCGCUCACGUCUCACGGCUAUCAGAUAAGAAGGUUGACUCUCUUUCCGAGUUGGCUGGUGCCUACAAGCUUGGCUCGGAGCAUAAGGCGCGGAUACUCGAGUAUAAUUCUGUCGACGAUUUGUACAUUAUCUCUUUGCAGCCAAGCAUUCUUCAGCAGCCUUUCUUACGGGUGGAUGACGUUCCUAUCGGCGCAGUGGUAAAAGGAAAGAUUGAAAAGCUGCUCAUUGGCGCUGAGGGAGUCAAAGGUCUGAUUGUUAAUCUUGCUGAAGGUGUCACUGGGCUUGUUCCACAAAUCCAUCUAUCUGAUGUUGAGCUAAAACACCCAGAAAGGAAAUUCAAAGAAGGCCAAACAGUCACAACAAGAGUCUUAUCCACAGACGUUGUCAGAAGACGCUUGCGACUUACGUUGAAGAAAACUCUGGUCAACAGUGACCAAAAAGCCUGGUCAAAUUACGAUGGCAUUGAGGUCGGAGACUCGACUGUGGGCACACUCGUAAAGGUUGAUCGUGUGGGAGCAAUCGUUCAAUUUUUCGCCUCUGUGAAAGGCUUCCUACCCGUUUCUGAGAUGAGUGAGGCUUUUAUCAAAGAUGCCACAGAACAUUUUCGAGUGGGACAGGUUGUGACGGUCAAUGCAAUCAGUGUCAAUUCGAGUGAAAGGCGUCUAACAGUGUCUUGUCGAGAUGUGAACACCACGAACCCAUCGAUUGAAACCUCCUUGGCAGAGCUUCAUGCUGGAACAAUCACGAGUGGAACAGUGUUCGAAAAAUCUCAGGACGAUAUUUUGCUCCGGUUAGAAGGAUCUGACGCAAUUGCGCGUCUCGUUUUGGAUCAUGUCUCUGAUGGGUCCUUGAAGAAGCGUAAAGCAGCAUUUGCGAAGGUCAGAGUUGGCCAGAAACUCGAAAACCUGCUCAUUUUGCAAGUCUUAGCUAAGAGAAGGCUCGUCCUGGUAUCCAACAAGCAAAGUCUUAUCAAAGCAGCAACAGAAGGAACUCUAUUAAAAAGUUAUGAGCAGCUCAGAGAGAAUGGAGUAUAUACUGGAGUUGUCUCUAACGUUGUGGAUAACGGCAUCUUUUUGAGCUUCGCGGCAGGAAUCAGUGGCUUUAUACCCAAAGGACAGGUACCUGUUGAGACAGAGACUGAACCAGACUUCGGGAUGUCAAGGCUGCAGCCAGUUACAGCUAGGGUCACGAACAUCGAUUAUAAAGGUGCUACGCCGCGUUUCUGGCUGACCAUGAGGGAGGGGAAAUCAAAACCCGAGUCGACUCCUACUGAGAAAGCUGGAGGCCACCCCGAAGCCAUUCCUCUCUCGGAGCCUGUUGAUCCAAGUGUCACCGUACUGGGUGACUUGCAUGUAGGAAGGAUCACCAAGGCGAGAAUUGUCUCGAUCAAAGAAACCCAGCUCAACGUGGAGCUAGCAAAAGAUGUCCAGGGACGAAUUGACGCUUCUGAAGCCUUUGACGCCUGGGAAGAGAUCAACGACCGCAAGAAACCGCUGAGACAGUUCUCUGCCAAGCAAGAGCUCACUGUGAAAAUACUUGGGGCACACGACACGAGAAACCACAAGUUUUUGCCCUUGUCACAUCGUAACUCCAAGCAUACAGUGUAUGAGCUCUCUUGCAAGGCAAGCGCUAUUAAACACCCCAACGCUGAAAAUCUCUCAUUACAAAGCAUUUCAUCUGGAUCGCGUUGGCUUGCAUUUGUCAACAAUAUUUCUGAUUCAGGUCUCUGGGUCAACAUCUCUCCUGCUGUUCGUGGAAGAAUCCGGGCGACAGACGUUUCAGACGACUUGUCUUUGGUCGCUGACCUGAACACCAACUUCCCACUCGGAUCUGCUCUGCGGGUUCAGGUUCUCUCAGUCGAUGCUGAGAAGAAUAGGUUGGAUUUAUCUGCGAAAUCCGACAACUCCGCAAGCUCAAUCACGCUCAAGGAUAUCUCUGCAGGGCUUGUACUGCCCGGCCGUAUUACAAAAAUCAGUGAUCGAAACAUCAUCGUUCAGCUGAGUGACCAGGUGGUCGGCGUUGUGGACCUGAUUGACAUGGCAGAUGACUACAGCGAAGCUAACCCAGCAAAAUAUCAGAAGAAUGAUGUGCUUCGAGUUUGUGUGCUGAGGGUGGAUGUGCCAAAUAAGAAGGUUACGUUGUCCACACGACCCUCUAAAGUGCUCAGCUCGUCAUUACCGGUCAAUGAUGCAGAAAUUACUUCUAUCUCCCAGCUCUCAGUGAACGACGUGGUCCGGGGCUUUGUCCGCAAUGUUGCAGACAAGGGUGUUUUUGUCACACUUGGCCAUAAUAUCACUGCGUUCGUCCGGGUUUCGAACCUUUCAGACAGCUUUAUCAAAGAGUGGAAAGAUCAUUUCCAGAGAGAUCAGCUGGUCAAAGGGAAAGUCAUAUUGGUCGAUGAGGCUUCUGGCAAUGUGCAGAUCAGCCUCAGGGAAUCAGCCUUGGACCCGAAUUACAAAGCUCCAUUGAACUUCAAUGAUGUCAAGCUCGGCGAUGUUGUCUCGGGCAAAGUGGUCAAGGCCGAGGCGUUUGGUGUCUUUAUCCUGAUCGAUAACUCUGAAAACGUUCGAGGUCUUUGCCAUCGAAGCGAGAUCGCUGAACAGAGGAUUGAAGAUGCAAGCAAACUUUUUAGCGAAGGAGACAAGGUGAAGGCCAAAGUCCUGAAGCUCGACCCUGUGACUCGAAGAGUCAACUUCGGUAUGAAGGCUUCUUACUUCGCGGAUGAGCUCGAUGAAGACAGUGUGGAUGACAGCGAGGAUGCCGCGUCUGAGGACGAGAGUCUAGCCGACGGCGGCGUUGACCUUGAUGAAGACAUGGAACGUGCUGAGGAAGAUGAGGAUGACGACGAGAUGGAGUUGGAAAAUGACCAGGAAGAUAGUAUGGAUGAUGAAGAUGAUGGAGAUGCAGGUUCAAAUAUCGAAGACGAUGACCCCGAGGUAGAAACAACCUCAGAGACAGUCUCAUCUACGAAACCAAAAGGUCUCAAUGUCGGCGGCUUUGACUGGUAUGGUCUCUCGGAGCCCAAUCCGUCAAGUAAACGCCCAGCUUCCGACUCAGAAGAAGACAACCUUACCGCUAAAGCAUCCAAGAAGAAGAAGAAGAAGCGCGCCAAAAUCCAGGUCGACCAUACCGCCGAUCUUGAUCGCGACGGCCCACAGUCGGUUGACGACUACGAGCGGCUCCUCCUGAGCGAGCCUGACUCUUCGCUCCUCUGGCUCCAAUACAUGGCAUUCCACCUCGACCUGGGCGACGCUGACCAGGCACGAAGCAUCGGCGAGCGCGCACUGAAAUCGAUUGGCCUCGGCCAAGAAGCGGAGAAACUCAACGUGUGGAUCGCGCUCUUGAACUUGGAGAACGCGUACGGCGACGACGAAUCCAUCGACGCCAUCUUCAAGCGCGCCUGCGAGUACAACGACCCGCAGGAGGUCUACUCCCGCCUCGCGAGCAUCUACAUUCAAUCCGGCAAGCGAGACAAGGCGGAUGACCUCUUCCAACGCAUGCUCAAGAAAUUCACCCGGGACCCUAAGGCCUGGAUCAACUACGUGACUUUCCUCUUCGAGACUGGGGUCGACAGCGCCGAAAAAGCCCGCGCACUCCUGCCACGCGCGCUUCAGACCCUCCCGAAAUUCACGCACUUCGACCUGACGCUGAAAUUCGCGCAGCUGGAAUUCAAGCAGAGCAGCGGAACGCCGGAGCGGGGUCGCACGAUCUUUGAAGGGCUGCUCAGCGCGUUCCCGAAACGCGUCGACCUGUUCAACGUGCUGCUGGACCUGGAGCUGAAGCUGGACGACAACGAGGCACAGGUGCGGGCGGUGUUUGAGCGGAUCUUCUCCGGCGAUACUGCGGCUGGCGCGAGAAAGCUGAAGCCCAAGCAGGCGAAGUACUUCUUUAAGAGGUGGCUGGCAUUUGAGGAGAGUGUGGCAGAGAGGAGUGGCGAUGGCGAUGAGAGCAAAAUUGAGGCCGUCAAGGCCAGGGCGGCGGAGUGGGUGAGGAGUACUCCUACUACUAAUUAA